AUGGCAGAUCUGGAAACUGCCUACCAGGCGGGUCCGGACGUUAACAAGGCUGUGGCUGUCAGGGUCAAGUGGUAUCCACCGCCGCGGCGGCUGCUGCUGCUGGAUCCCGAAGAUCCGGUGCCCCUCGAGCUGAGGCUUAUCGAUGCAAAUAAUUGCCUUGCGGUCUACGGUUGGGAAUACGAGAACCACACCGUGGCUCUCGAGAUCAUUGAUGUGUCUUCGGAAAGGUGUUUACGCGACGCGCUGUCACAAUCAAGGUCAUGA